ACCUAGUUAAAAUGGAAUUCUUCAGUAGACCAGUUUUUUUAAAUAUCUUUAUAUUUAUUUUUACAUUUAAAAGUAUAAAAUGUCAGUGUAAUGUAAAAGAAACUUGCCAUGAUUGUAUACAAGACCUUAAGUGUGAUUGGUGCAUAGAAAACUAUCCAACGUGUAUUGAAAGAUCCUCGAAUAGAAGGUGUAAUGGAAGAUUAAUAUCACCUAAAUCAAAUAUACUUAUAACAAAAAAUAUUCCUUUAUCAAUUAAUACUGUUGAAACUCCAAUAACACAAAUGCAACCUCAACAAAUCUCCUUAAACCUACGCAAAGGCGAGGAAUACAAUUUCACCUUUAAAUAUAAACCCGUCAAAUUUUAUCCUAUAGACUUGUAUUACCUUAUGGACGUUUCUGCAUCAAUGAAACAACAUAAGGAACAAGUUGCUGAGUUGGGUGGAACAAUAUCGGAUACCAUGAGGCAUAUUACUAAUGACUUCAGACUUGGUUUUGGAACGUUCAUUGAUAAACCAACUCUACCAUUUGCUGAUCCAAUGAAACAAUAUAAGUAUGAUGUAGAACCUCCAUACGGGUUUAGAAAUCACUUACCUCUAACCCAGGACUUCAAACAAUUCAUACGCAAAGUACGAACGACUCGCCAAUCAGAAAACAUUGAUGUACCAGAAGGAGGUUUGGACUCAAUACUGCAAGCUAUAGUGUGUCUAAAAGAAGUCCAGUGGAGAAGUCAAGCGAGACGCCUAAUAGUUUUUGCUACAGACGCCAGCUUCCACAUUUCUGGAGAUGGAAAAUUUGGUGGGAUAGUGGAACCGAAUGAUGGGGAAUGUCAUGUUGUUAAUGGAGAGUAUAUGGGCUCUUUAUUGUAUGAUUAUCCCUCUAUCUCGCAGAUUAAACAUGCUGCUUUAAGUAACGAUGUUUAUAUUAUUUUUGCUAUAGCAAAUGCAGAGGUUUAUCAAGAGUAUACAGAUUUAGCUGAUUAUUUGAAGCCAGUUGCUUAUGUUGGUUUAAUCAAUGAGGAAUCAAGUAAUAUACAGGAAAUAAUCGUGAAUAAUUACAAAAAAAUUAUGGAUUCUGUUACCAUAACCACUGAUUCACCAAAAUUUGUAAUACAAAUAGACUCAAACUGUAAAAAUAAAACGAAAAGUGGUUGUCUUUAUAUUCAUCAAGAUGAAGUUAUUGAGUUUACGGCAACUAUUAAAGCUGCGGAGUGCAUUAAUAAUAAAAAUAUUUUGAUAAAACCCGAUGGAAUGGAGGAUAAUAUAAUGAUAAAUUUAAAUGUUAUAUGCAGUUGUGAUUGUGAAAAAUAUCCUGACCCUGAUUUUGUUGAAAACUCGAAUAUCUGCUCCAAUAAUGGAAAUAUGGAAUGUGGUGCAUGUAAUUGUAAAGCGGGGUUUUACGGGAACAAUUGCGAAUGUCAAGGAUCUCAAGAUUUGAACAUCUUUAACUUAAGUUUAUGCCAACCAAAACUAAACUCUCCAAUCUGCUCAGACAGAGGAGAUUGUUUUUGUAACACAUGCCACUGUUCAAAACUCCCAAACAACCAAAAAAUCUAUGGAAAAUUUUGCGAAUGCGAUAACUUUUCCUGCAACAAAAACAACAACCUGCUGUGCAACAACCGUGGAACGUGCGAUUGUGGUAAAUGUCUGUGCCAAGAAGGAUGGAGCGGUGAGGCAUGUGAAUGUCUACCUGUUACAUCAUGCAAGGCUUCAAGUGAUGAACUGGUUUGUUCUGGCAGAGGAAGUUGCAGCUGCGGGUUAUGUUUAUGUGACAUGCCAUUUACUGGGAAAUAUUGCGAAAUAUGCACCAACUGUGGAAAUAGAAGAUGUGAAGAAUUACGUCAUUGCGUAGAAUGUCAAGUGUAUCAUACAGGAAAAUACAAUAAGGAUGAAUGUAAUCAAAAUUGUAUCGAUUUUACCACAAUAGCUGUAGAUAAGUUUGGAAACAUGACAAACACUGAAGACUGUAUUAUAUUGGAUGACGAUGACUGCAAGAUUAUUUUUAAAUACUUCGAAUUUGUGGGUCUGGAUUUAUCCCUAAAAGUUGUGGCUUUAAACAAGAAACAGUGCAGUGAAAAAAUGUCAGCAUGGGCUUUGGCAGGAAUUAUCAUAGGAAGCAUGUUACUAGCUGCAUUGGUGGGUUUAGUAUCAUGGAAAAUAGCAACCACUGUAAACGAUAGAAGGGAGUACGCAAAAUUUGAGGAGAGCAGUAGAGGAGCAUACUGGGCAAAUAAAAACCCUUUAUACAAAAAUGUGGUUACCUCCCACGUAAAUCCACAUUACAAAUCAAAAAAGGAAAACAGCGAAGAUGAAGAUGAAAGUUUUUUAUAGUAUAACAUU